CUUAGGAGCCGCAAAAUCUGUUCAUACGGAGUACACGGGUCACUGUUCGUGAGACGUUGUGGGACUAACACAAGCGGAGCAUAUUGUUUAUAUAUCCAAAUCUGACCCACGCCGGAGUUUCUUGCGACGAUGAGUCGUAGCUUGGGAAUCCCGGUGAAGCUUCUACACGAGUCGACGGGGCACGUCGUCACCGUGGAGAUGAAGAGCGGCGAGCUCUACAGAGGAAGCAUGGUGGAGUGCGAGGACAACUGGAACUGCCAACUGGAGAGCAUCACUUACACUGCCAAAGAUGGAAGCGUUUCACAACUUGAACAUGUUUUUAUUCGAGGAAGCAAAGUCAGAUUCAUGAUAAUUCCUGAUAUGCUUAAGAAUGCUCCUAUGUUCAAGCGUCUAGACGCUAAAAUCAAGGGCAAAGGUACAUCACUCGGAGUUGGACGAGGACGUGCCAUUGCCAUGCGAGCCAAAGCGCAGGCUGCAGGUCGAGGAGCUGCACCUGGCAGGGGUGUUGUGCCACCUGUAAGGAGGUGAAUACCCCAGGCAAGUCAUGGUUUACUCUGCUUUUGAUUUCAUGAAUCAAAUCUCUAAACCUUGCUUGAGAAUUUACAUAUGCUUGGUUUCCUAUUAGAAGGCUGUUGGAAGUACAACUUGUGUUCUACCGACAAACACCUCGAGUCCUUUUAGAAUUGUGGGGUUACCCAGUUUCUACUGUUCUUUUAAUGUCUUUACCAUUUCAUUUUUUUUUUUCCUUACAUAUUAUACUUACCAUCUUGUUACUGCAGUUCGGUUCAGUGAGUGCCUUGUUCUUGAACACCUUUCUUUUGGCAACUUUUAUGGGCACAUUACAGAAUUUUUGAAGCAAAAGUCUCUUUUAA